AUGUCGAGACGCAAGCAGGCGAAACCCCAGCACAUCAACUCCGAGGAGGAGCCCCCAGAUGCUGCAAGUGGUAAGGCGCAAAGGAGUCCACAAAACGCCCCAGGUGAUGGAGAUGGUGAAAUGAGUUCCAAAAGGUGCCGAACAGAGGAAACCAACAUCUGUGAGAAAUGUUGUGCAGAGUUCUUUGAUCUCUCUGAAUUUCUUGAGCAUAAGAAAAAUUGCACUAAAAAUCCACCUGUCCUAAUCAUGAAUGAUAGUGAAGGAACAAUACCCCCUGAAGACUUCCCUGGAGCCUCUACAGAGAGCUUUCCAAAUGAUCGACAGGAUAGCCAGGCAGCCAAGGACAGUCAGUCAAAGAGUUGCACUGGUUCUGUGGAGAAGAGAGAGGGGAAAGUUGAGACUGAAGUAGUGGGAGGAAUGUAUCUAAAAACAGAACCUCCUGUUACUCCUGCAACUCAUGGGCUAAGCUAUUUACCAAAAUCCAAAGUACCAAACACUAAUGUGACUUUGCAGACAAUACGUGGCACUAAAGUGGCUGUGAAUCAGCGUACUUCUGACCCCAUCUCUUCCUCAGCAGCCAGUUUUAAUGCUAUUCCAAUGAUCCUUGAACAGCUCGUGUGCUUGCAGCAGCAGCAACUCCAGCAAAUUCAGCUCACAGAGCAAAUCCGCAUCCAAAUUGCCAUGAUGGCUCCUCAUGCCCUACAUCCUUCAAUAGUAGCUGCUACUGAUCCACUAAAAGCUUUGGGUGCUCAGAUGUCUCAACAGCUGUCUGCUGCUGUUGCUUUAAUUGGACAAAAAGCUGGAAGCCAAAGCCUAUCACUGGAAUCCUUGAAGCAUGGAAAACUACCUCAUUCUAACAUGGUCAUUCCAACUGCUGGCUCGGUAGCCAGUGGGCUUUCUUCUUCCUUCUCCCUGAAGCCUGAAGCAAACAGAAGCCUCCCAAGUUCUAUGUCUCGUUUUCCAAACCCUUUACUACCUCAAUCAUCCAGCUCGGUCAUCUUCCAAAACCCACUCUCUGCAGUUUCUUCAGUGAUUGAUCCCUCAAAGAAAGGGAAAGGGAAGCCCCCCAAUAUCAGCGUGUCUGAAAGCAAACCAAAUGCUGAAGAACCUUUCUUUAAACAUAAGUGCAAGUUCUGCGGCAAGGUCUUCGGCAACGAUAGUGCUUUGCAGAUACACCUCCGCUCCCACACUGGUGAAAGACCCUACAAGUGUAACAUUUGCGGUAACAGAUUUACAACCAAAGGAAACCUUAAAGUGCAUUUUCAGCGUCAUAAAGAUAAGUACCCUCACAUUAAAAUGAAUCCCUAUCCAGUACCUGAGCAUCUGGACAAUGUGCCCACUAGCAGUGGAAUCCCAUAUGGGAUGUCUGUACCACUGGAUGAGUCUAACCUAAUUGUGGACAGCAAGCCUAUUCUGACAUCACUGCCUACCUCAGUAGGCACUGGCUUGCCUCAGAAUAUCUCCAAUCUAGCAUGCAUCAAGGAGUCUCUUGCCAGCACAUUUUCAAGUGACAUGCAGCCAAGGCCUUCUCCAGAAAGCGAAGGUGGUUCUUCCUCAUCAGGAGCAGCGAGUCAUGAGUCGGGAACUGAGCAGAGCCUGAGCUCACCGCAAGCUAGCUGCAGUGUGAGUGUCUUCCAUGUAAGCGGAGCAAGUGAGCAAGGUUCAGAAACAUCUAAGCUACAGCAAUUGGUUGAGAAUAUUGACAAGUCCACCACAGACCCCAAUGAGUGCCUCAUCUGUCACAGAGUGCUGAGCUGCCAGAGUUCACUCAAAAUGCAUUACCGUACUCACACUGGAGAAAGGCCAUUCAAGUGUAAAAUUUGUGGCCGUGCCUUCUCAACAAAAGGUAACCUUAAGACUCAUUAUGGUGUCCACCGGGCAAACACCCCCCUAAAGAUGCAACAUUCCUGUCCAAUUUGUCAGAAGAAGUUUACAAAUGCAGUUGUAUUGCAGCAGCAUAUUCGCAUGCAUAUGGGGGGACAAAUUCCCAAUACACCUAUGCCGGAAAACACUUGUGAUAAUACUGAUGUGGAUCCUACUGUGACCGAGAAGAAUGGAGACCUGACUCGCCCAGGUGAGAACAUGGAAAGCAUAGAGAUGGAAGAAGACCUAGACUCUCAGGAUGGCCCUAGCAGCUCUUUGAAACCACCAAUUCCAUAUGAUGCACAGUCAGAAUCUCCAGGCACAGCACUUUCUGGGAUUGCAGCUCUGGAGAACCAAAUGAAAAUGGUAAAUUCAGCUUUGAACUUGCAACGGCAAAGCAGCCUGAAGUCUAGUGACAAUGGCUCGGCAGAAAGUGAUGGCAUGACGAAUGAUUCUUCCUCUGUGGCAGGUGAUCCAGAUUAUCAAAAUGGCAGGAGUCCUGCCGCCUCUGAAUCUGCUUCAUUCCAGGCAUUGUCCCCAACCAAUAGCCAAUCUGAAAGCAUUAGGUCAAAGUCACCAGGUUUCAAUAGUCAGGAAGAUGCUGGCAUGGGAAAUAAAGCUGAGGGCCCUGAAAACCAUCUUGCAGAGAUGGAAGGGGCUGGCGCUUUGGAUCUAACUUACGGCAAUAUUGGUCGAAAGGUCAUCAAAGAAGAACCUGGGUUACACUUCCCAAAUGGAGAGUAUGGUCGCAGCAGCAUUCAUGCUGCUUUUGUCAGGGCACCACCAGCCCUCAUAAAAGUGGAAAUGUCUAGUGAGCGUCCUAUUGGCACUAGCCAUUUUAUUGGCCCACCAACUUUAUCACCUGGUGUUCCCCCUCUCCUGGUGCCACGGCCUAAGCUUUGCCGUCCAGCUAAACAGCACAUCUGCACUACGUGUGGGAAGAACUUCUCCUCUGCAAGUGCUCUUCAGAUUCAUGAACGGACCCAUACUGGUGAAAAGCCAUUUGCAUGCACCAUCUGUGGGAGAGCCUUUACCACAAAAGGAAACCUGAAGGUCCAUGUUGGAACUCACAUGUGGAAUAACUCUGCCAGGCGUGGAAGAAGAUUAUCCAUUGAUAAUCCCAUGGCUCUGUUGGGGAAUGAUCCAAAGAAGGUAUCUGAAAUGUUUCCAAAGGAUAUAGUGCCUCCUUCAGUGAACAUUGAUCCCACAGUAUGGAACCAGUAUGCUGCGGUACUCAGCAAUGGCUUGGCAAUGAAGAAUAAUGAGAUUUCAGUGAUCCAGAGUGGUGGCAUACCUUCUCUUCCUGUCACCAUCGGGGGUGGUUCUGCAAUAAAUACUGCAACAGUCUCCAAGAUAGAUGGGUCCCAGUCUGGAAUUAGCUCGGAUAUGGAGAAAGCUGGUGGUGCUGCUGCAGACAAUGUGCCAAAACACCAGUUCCCUCACUUCAUGGAGGAGAACAAAAUUGCUGUUAGUUAG